AUGGGAUCGAUGCCUACAAAUUCGAACAACCCACCAGUGCGUACUGUGACGCUGAAUGCGACCGUAGCCAGAAUGCUCGGUAAUAAUGUGAUUUACUCGAGAUAUCCAGAGUUUUAUCAAUUCCUUGCCACUGAUCAGCCGACUUGGUUUGUCCCACAACCAUUGAAAGGAACCGUAUUCCAUGUGAAUGAUUCCAACAUUACCAAGAUUCCGGAAUUUCACGCCGUAGAUAGAAUGAUGAGAGAAAAUCAGGCGAGAAUCAAAGAACUCCAAUCGUACUGUAUUCGUGUAAAGAAGAGCUACAAAGAACAGUUGAGGCGUAUUCGUUCCGAGAAAGUGGAUCAUGAGAGUGUUAUUGAGAAAGCGCAAGAGUUGCUUAUCAAUAGGCUGAUUAAUCGCGUCUCUCAGAUGACCGAAGCAAAACGAUAUUUCAAGGAAAGCAUUGAGUGCAUUUACAACAACGAAUUUCAUGACACGAACUUGAAAGAAGCUCUUCGUGCUGUCUUCUCACCAAACACUGAUCCAACCGAUACAUCGACGCAACUUGACUCUCCAAAUCCGAUGGUCAGACCAGAUCGCUCUGCUCUUCAAUCUUCUAACCGAACGCCACACGCACAGUCUUCUGAAAUCACCUUGCCGACUUUCAGCCAGCCAAACCGGCAAGAAAGCAGCCAUCAUUCCUCUCACCGCAACUCCCUUCAAUCUCCCGCUGAUUUGGAAGGCCGCAUUUAUGUGCGGGUUCGUUCCGCCCGAUCCGGUGAAUUGGCUGAGUCCAACGAGAACUGA